CCACUAAACCUGGCACCGUUGCGCGCCAUGGGAUGUGCCCAGCACGCUAGACUCAUAUGGAGGCUGUUGGUUGCUACCGCCUCCGCUUCCAGCCUUGUGGGCCCUGGGGCUGUUGGAUCUUUCCAGGGUGGAGGUGGCGGCCGGCGCUUUGGCGGGUUUGCUCGAGUCACCGAUCCUCCUGUAGGUUUCUUCCUUGGGGGCUCGAGCAUCCGCGAGAUGAACGGCCUCUACAGCCGAGAACAUCGAGUGCCAUGGGGCUUUAGCCAUACCUUUACCUUUUCCUACCGACAUGACUACACUGGUUGGCGCAUGUGUUUGGUCAACGCGCCAGAAGAUGUCACGAAGAGCACCGGUCGACAUACUGAAUGGGUCCUGAUUGAUCCGGACAAGGCGGAUCGUUUCAGGCACGAUGGGGACCAGUACAUCCCUGGAUCCGGACAUCGUUGGAGCCAUGUGCACCGGACAAAGGAUGCGCAGCCCAAUGUUAAGGCUGGCAAUGCCGUUGCACAGGCUGUUGAGGAUGAUGAGGAAGAAUUACCUUGGCAAGUUGUUGGUGUUAGUGCAGAGGAUAUGAUGAACCACUUGAAACGCUACUUUAACUUCUACAAGCACGAGGUUCAAGCUGCCAUCGAGGGGAGCAAGCUGCCAGCUUUGCCCAUGGGUGGUAAAGGGAGGGCAACUGCUCCACCAGAAGGAUUUCAGCCACCCAAAGCUGCCAUUGCAGACGAAGCUGACCAAUCUGACAGCUGCUCUGAAGGACAUGCCAGCUUUGCCAAUGCAGAGGCAGAACUCCAGGAACUCCAACGCCAGGGCGGCCAGGUCCACUUCGAUUGGUCCCUGGCCACACUGCAGCUGCGACUGGCCAUCUGCCAUCGUCGAAGCAAAGACUUCGACGCAGCACAGCAGGCGUUGCAGGCAUCCCUGACGCUCUACCCGCGCUAUGCAGCGGCUCUUGAGGAAAUGGGCAAGUUAUGGAUCGACCGGGGUGUCUAUGAGCAAGCUAUCCAUUCCUUUGAGACGCUCUUACGUGUAGAUCGAAAGUGGCCAACAGUUGCUGGUUGGUUGGUGCGGGCUCACACCCUGCAGAGACGCCAGGUGGAGCAGUUUUUGGUGGAGAAACCCGAAGUUUUAAAGGGUCGAACUGAGCAUUGCAUUGCGUGGCGCCAAACUGGUGGCUGCUCACCAACUGGUUUGCUGGAACCUACAGCAGAUAAAUCUUGCAAGGCGGUCAUUGUGGCAGGCAACUCUGGAUUUUGCCAGUGCGUGAGUUCUGGGUCUCGUGGGAAGUCCGGCUUUGCCCCUGCCACUGCGGCUGAAAGCAACUGUGAUCACGGACCCUUCACUUGUGCAGAGCAGUGCCAAGAGAGAAGCAAGGCAGAGGCGGGACUUGCGCUCACUGCGGAAGCUGCCCAGUUGGCAUCUGAAGUGUCCGAAGCCGUUGAUGCGCAAGCCUGCAGCCUCUUGCGGGGAGGUGAGUUCCCUGACUGGUGCCACCCCAACCUCUAUCGCGUCUUGGGGAUUCGUUGCGACUUUCCCGCAGCUGAAGAUGGAGAUGAGCUGAAAAGGGCAUACAAACGUCGCAGCCUGCAGUUUCACCCGGACAAACCUGGAGGUUCUGCUGUGGCCUUUCAGCGGAUCGCGGAUGCUCACCAUGUCCUUCUUGACCCUGAGAAGCGGAAGGCAUUUGAUGAAGGUGCAGAUUUUCCAAGGAAGGUGGAGCAAGAUGGUUCAGAAGGGGAGACGCAGAAGGAAGAAGUGGAGAAGAAAUACUUCCCAGAUUUUGGGCACAGAUCAGGAAAACUUUGACUUUCAACCCUUCGGAGAUCCUCAAUCGGAUCGCCGGGAGGCAAAGGCUCGGCAGGAAAGACAGCUGGAACAAAGACGGCAAGAGGCCUUGGCUCGGGAAGCUCAUCAAACCAAAAGGACAGACCUGUAGAGGCGGAACCGCCACGAGACGCUGACGUUCCAAAAUAGUUGGGACUGCAGUAGUCGGCAAUGG